GUGAAUCGUGAGAGAUUAGUUUAGUCGUUAUAGUGCCAGUGUGUAGUGCGGGUGUGUGUGUGUGGCCUAUUUUUUAACCAUCUGUUACCAUGGACUGGCACCAAAUUCUACGGUUAUUUUCGACAUGGUUUCAAACCAUAUCAGACGUCCUAGGAGUACAAUGGGCUCCCACCAACCUGCCCAUGAACAGGCGUCUGCAGACCCUGGCUGCGACUGGCUGGAUCUGUCUCGUGCUGUUUGGGGAAGCGCUGGCAAUCUACCUGGCCAUACAGUUGUUAUAUUCUUCCUACUGGUUCCUGGGUAUCCUGUACGCUGUUUGGAUGCUGAACGAUAUUGAGAUCUGCCAGCGAGGUGGUCGAAAAUUCGAGUGGGUCCGCAACUGGUCGUGGUGGCGCUAUUACCGCGACUACUUCCCCAUCAAGCUGGUCAAGACAGCAGAACUGGAUCCCUCCAAGAACUACCUCUUCGCCUGUUUCCCCCAUGGGGUGGUCAGUUCUGGAGCCUUUGGGGCCUUUGCCACCAACGCUCUAGACUUUUACAAAGUGUUCCCAGGAAUGACUUGUAACAUGAUCACGCUUGGAGGCCACUUCCUGGUGCCUUUCUUCAGAGAUCUGAUCCUGGCGUUGGGAGGCUGCUCGUCUUCCAGAGAGAGUUUGCUGCAUUUGUUGGACCUGAAGAAAUAUCAGGGCAAAUGCGUUGCACUCAUAGUAGGAGGCGCUGCAGAAGCGUUAGACUCGCACCCUGGGGAAUAUAAAGUGAUUUUGAGCAGGAGGAAAGGUUUUAUUCGCGUCGCUAUGUUGUCGGGCGCACCUCUAGUGCCAGUGUUCUCCUUCGGCGAAACUGACGUGUUCCGACCUCUAAAUAACCCUGAAGAUGGCCUGCUGAGACGCUUCCAGGAGAAGGUCCGGCAGAUCACCGGCAUCUCCCCCAUGUUCCCGAUCGGGAGAGGAGUCUUCCAGUACUCUUUUGGGGUUGUUCCUCUUAGAUCUCCUAUUACUACUGUCGUUGGUACCCCACUCGAAGUGAAGAAGAACUUAGACCCGUCCCAGGAAGAAGUGGACGCGGUCCACGCCGAGUUCACGCAGAAGCUGGUGGAACUGUUCGACAAGGAGAAGGCGAAAUACCUCCCCAACCACAAGAACGUGAAACUAGUCAUCACAUAAAUAUCACAAAAUCCACUUUACUGUACAGGGUAUUCAAGUUUAAGAUGUCCAGCAACUAAUUAGGAUCUACCUUCAGGAUUCGAUUUUGCGCUCAUUAUUCGAUUCUAAACUUUUAUUUUGUCACGAGCAUUUUUUGUCGUGGCCAUUCCUUUGGCAUUUUGACUGACUGAGUGCAUGCCAUUAAUAAAUAAGUAAUAUUUUGCAAGGAUUAAUUGCACUCAUUAGGAGUGCAAUUUUAAUUAUACUUAAUUGAUAAGUACCUACCUAUGAAGUGUCUUUGUGUUCACAAUUUUUUUUAUUAUGAUAGAAUAGACUGAUUUAUGAGGUAAUUACUUAAGAAGUAAAGUGUUUUUUAUACGAUGUGUAAUUAUUAUUGUUAGUGUUUUAUGAUUCGUCACUUUAAAAAUAAUUUAAUUACAAGCCGGUACUAUGAUUGAUUAUUUAGUCUUACAUUUAAAAAAUCUGUAGCACUAGAAUGCCAUAAGUUGGACCACAUAAUUAUUUACUAUUAGAUUGUUAGCAUAAAACCAUACCAUGAUUUUGCUUGAAUUGUAAUAAUAGAUUAAUUAUUACCUAAAUAAAUAUUUUGUUAUCUUUAA